AGGAGGCCACGCGCUCUUCCCUCCCUCCAACGUCUUGACGUCACUGCAUCCCGGAGCCAGACGAGGCGCAGCCAUUUUACUCCGCGAAAUAAACUUUAGCCUCGUAUUGAGAAGGCAGGAAAAGAGAAAUCUGCUCCAGCCCGAUGGACAUGUCCUGAUCCACGGCUCGGAUGGGUUCUGCUUUCGAGUCGACAGAGUUCGGCUGCCUUGCUUAAAGGGCCGGUGACCCAGACCGCUCUCUCUCCCCGGCCGCCCCCCUCCUGAGGCAGGAUGGAGCCCUGGGCAUCCCGGCGGCAGCUGGCAGCAGAGGGGGAUUGUGGGAUAUCCAGCCUGCUGGUGCCGAGCCCACAGAGCGAGGCGGUGACCCACGAGAUGGAGGAGCUGUCGCUGCAGCCCACGCAGAGCCUGCCGCCGCUCAACGAGCGCAAGAACGUCCUGCAGCUGCGGCUGCAGCAGCGGCGGACCCGGGAGCAGCUGGUGGACCAGGGCAUCAUGCCGCCUCUGAAGAGUCCGGCAGCGUUCCACGGCCAGAUCCGCAGCCUGGAGCGAGCCAGGACGGAGAACUUCCUGAAGCAUAAGAUCCGCAGCCGGCCGGAGCGCGCCGAGUUGGUCCGGAUGCACAUCCUGCAAGAGACGGGGGCGGAGCCGUCGCUGCAGGCAACCCAGAUGAAGCUGAAGCGGGCGCGGCUGGCCGACAACCUGAACGAGAAGAUCGCCCAGCGGCCCGGCCCCAUGGAGCUGGUGGAGAAGAACAUCCUGCCGGUGGCGUCCAGCCUCAAGGAGGCCAUCAUAGUGGGCCAGGUCAACUACCCCAAGGUUCUGGAGGAGGACGGUUGCUACGACGCCGUGUCUCCAGAGCAACCGGCCAGCCAGGAGUCUCAGGGCUCCGCCCCCUCACCUGGAGAGAGCAGAGUCCUGGAAACCCCGCCCCCAGGCCCGGCGCCCGCAGUGCUGCCUGCCAUCGCCAUGCUGCAGCCUCUUCCUAGCACAGACUUCCCAAAGCCGGCCUCAGCCAAUGAGCAGCCGCUCACCUGUCCACCUGUCCAGCAUGCCCCGCCCACCGCCGCGCCGGCUGCUUCCAAACCGGGGCCGACUCUGGUCAAGCAAAGCCAACAGAAAAGUCUGUCUGAGAAGAGCCGCAGCAAGAAGGGCAAAGAGGCCAAGUCUCGUGUGAAGAAGCUGAAGUACCACCAGUACGUCCCACCGGACCAGAAGCAGGACGCCGGCGAGCCGCCCAUGGACUCGUCAUACGCCCGCCUGCUGCAGCAGCAGCAGCUCUUCCUGCAGCUGCAGAUCCUCAGUCAGCAGCAGCAGCAGCAGCAGCACUACAACUACCAAACCAUCCUGCCGACGACGCUCAAGCCGGUGGCGGAGAGUCAGAGCAGCGGCGUCGGCGCCCUCCCCGCCUCCAUCGUAGUGUCUCUGCCCACCGGCCCCCCGCAGCCUCCCGCUCCGCCGCGACCCAACAACCUCCUGGCCAAUCGCAAGCCGGGAGUCCUGCCUGCCAACCUGGACGAGAUGAAGGUGGCCGAGCUGAAGCUGGAGCUGAAGCUGCGCGGUCUGCCGGUUUCCGGAACCAAAACGGACCUGAUAGAGAGACUGAAGCCGUUCCAGGAGAACUCCUCCCUGCCGGCUCCGCCCGGCGUUCCCACAUCCACUGCCGCCUCCUCCGUGCCUAUGGAGGUCUCCGCCGCCGCGCCUGCUGUCGUUCUUCCAGUCCAGCAGGCGGCGCCGGAGAGGAUGUGCUCCACCCCGCCUAACUCACCCAUCCCCUCGGACCCGGCCGCUCUGCAGACGGACGUCAGCAUGUCUGAGGCCGAAGCCCAGCCGGGUUCUGGUUCCGGUUCGCCCCGGCCGGAGGAGCGGGACCGGCGGCUGCAUGAGAAGCAGCGGCAGAUCGAGGAUCUGAUGAGGAAGCUGGAGAGGGAGCAGCGGCUGGUGGAGGAGCUCAAGAUGCAGCUGGAGGUGGAGAAGAGGGGCCAGGCCGACCCGGUUCUGAGCUCCAGCGCCGUGAAGAUGGAGGGCCCGGUUCUGUCCAGCUGCUCCUCCGGCGCCGCCGUCCUGAGCCCCCAGGUGGUGAAGCUGGAGGACGUGACGGUGUCUGCCGGGAAGCCGCUGCAGCUCCAGACCCAAACCCAGAUCAUCGCCCAGAUCCAGAACCGGGCCGGCCCCCCGGCGGUCCCCCAGGGCCAGCCCUCGGCCCCCGGCCUGCAGCAGUUCUUCAUCAGCCACCCUGCCGGGGUUCUGGGUCAGCCGCAGACGCUGCUGACCGCAACGGGCCAGACCACUACCCAGAUCUUCGUCCCGGUCUCGUUACCGAACAGCGCCGCCAUCAGCCUGCAGCCGGUCCUCCCGGCGCCGUCCUCCGGUCCAGGUCUGGUCCAGAAUCCUCUUCCUCAGCUGCAGAGCGCCAGCAUGGAGGUCUCAGCCAAUCAGCAGCCGCCGCUGCUGCAGACUCUGACACUGUGCAGCGGCCCGGCCGCUCUGGGGAACCAGAACCGGACCGAGCCCAACCCUCAGCGCUUCCUGCAGCGUUCUCCAGAGAGCAGAGCUUCUCCCCACACGUCCCCCAACCACCAGGAGUCCAACGGCCUGCUGAGCAAGCAGACCUUCGUCCUGCAGCCAAUCAGAGAGCCGCCCCGCUACGAAGACGCCGUGAAGCAGAGCCGCAGCCUGCAGGCCGCCGGCCAGGUUCCCACGGCAACCAGCCAGCACAUGGAUGAUUUGUUCGACAUCCUGGUGGAAAGUGGAGAAAUCCCUCCCUUCCUGCCUCAGGACGCCGCCGGCGCUCUGACUAAGACUCACCCGGUGACGGCGAGCAUCUCUACGCUUCCUGUCGGCUCGGCGCUGUCCCGCUCGCCGCCUCGGGUCCAGCUGGGCCCGCCGGUUCUGGACCCGCCGGGUCUGGACGGCCAGCUGGAGGCCUUCUUGGAGCGGACGCUGGCGGAGACGGCGCCGGCGUCGGACCCGCGGACCCGGGGCUUGAUGGAGGAGCUGCGGAGCCAGCUGGCCGAUCCGUUCGUUCCCAUGGAUACCACGGACUUGUCCUUCUCCGACCCGGCCGGGUCGGCGCUGGGCCUGGCGCUGUUCGACCCGAACCUGGACGGCAUGGAGUGGCUGGACGGCCCCGCCCCCCCGGGGCCUGCCGGGUUUCCCGCCGAGUACCUGGAGCCGCACGACAUGCAGCUGCAUUUCGACUGACCCGGCCAG